CUCUGCUGGGCCUGGGCCCCUGGCAGCUGGGCUCCUGGUUCACUGUGGAUCCUCCUCCGGGGCAGCUCUGGGAUGCUCCGAGGCUGGCAGCUGCGUCCCGACCCCCGCCCGGCCGUGCCAGCCCCCCUGGGCCAGGCCGGAGCUCUCUGCAGCUCCCUGCACGUUCUCUGGGACUCAGAACUGGGGCCUACCUCAGCCCCACCAUGGGGAGACCCUGCCUCCUCUCUCCUUCCUCCCCAUUACCCAGGCUCCAAAUCCCCGGGAAGGAAAGAGGCUGCUCGGAGCUGGCUGGACCUGCAGAAGAGCUAAGCUUUCUCAAGCUUCCCCGCCUGCCACUUCUCGCUCCCCACACACAUACCAGAGCCAGGGAAGGGCCUGGGUAGAGUCCUGUAAAGCCCUUCCGGACUCAGCUGUGGCCAGGUGCAGGGCGCAGUGCAUUUACUCCUGCAGAUCACCACCUGAGGGAGGCACCCAGGCUCUGCACCUGUGACCUCACUCUGUAACUGGGAAACUGAGGCCCCAGCAGACAUGUCUUUCCGCAAAGUGGUACGGCAGAGCAAAUUCCGGCAUGUGUUCGGGCAGCCGGUCAAGAAUGACCAGUGCUAUGAAGACAUUCGAGUGUCCCGUGUUACCUGGGACAGCACCUUCUGUGCAGUCAACCCCAAGUUCCUGGCGGUGAUUGUGGAGGCCAGUGGCGGGGGUGCCUUCCUGGUGCUCCCGCUAAGCAAGACUGGCCGCAUUGACAAGGCCUACCCAACAGUGUGUGGGCACACGGGACCUGUCCUGGACAUUGACUGGUGUCCUCACAACGACGAAGUCAUCGCCAGCGGCUCAGAGGACUGCACGGUCAUGGUGUGGCAGAUCCCAGAGAACGGGCUGGUCUCCCCACUGACAGAGCCAGUGGUGGUGCUGGAGGGACACACCAAACGAGUAGGCAUUGUCACCUGGCACCCGACAGCCCGCAAUGUGCUGCUGAGUGCAGGCUGUGACAACGUGGUACUCAUCUGGAACGUGGGCACGGCGGAGGAGCUGUACCGCCUGGACACCCUGCACCCUGACCUCAUCUACAACGUCAGCUGGAACCGCAAUGGCAGCCUCUUCUGCUCAGCGUGCAAGGACAAGAGCGUGCGCGUCAUCGACCCGCGCAGGGGCACCCUGGUGGCAGAGCGAGAGAAGGCUCACGAGGGGGCCCGGCCCAUGCGGGCCAUCUUCCUGGCAGAUGGCAAGGUGUUCACCACAGGCUUCAGCCGGAUGAGCGAGCGGCAGCUGGCACUCUGGGACCCAGAAAACCUUGAGGAGCCCAUGGCCCUGCAGGAGCUGGACUCGAGCAACGGGGCCCUGCUGCCCUUCUACGACCCUGACACGAGCGUGGUCUACGUCUGCGGCAAGGGCGACUCCAGCAUCCGGUACUUUGAGAUCACGGACGAGCCCCCCUACGUCCACUUCCUGAACACGUUCACCAGCAAGGAGCCGCAGCGGGGCAUGGGCAGCAUGCCCAAGAGGGGCCUGGACGUCAGCAAGUGCGAGAUUGCCCGGUUCUACAAACUGCAUGAGCGCAAGUGUGAGCCCAUCGUCAUGACUGUGCCAAGAAAGUCGGACCUCUUCCAGGACGACCUGUACCCCGACACAGCUGGGCCCGAGGCAGCCUUGGAGGCUGAGGAGUGGGUGAGCGGGCGGGAUGCCGCGCCCAUCCUCAUCUCGCUCCGGGAGGCCUACGUGCCCAGCAAGCAGCGCGACCUGAAGGUCAGCCGGCGCAACGUGCUAUCCGACAGCCGGCCCGCCGGGGCCCCCACGUCGCCUGCCACCUUUGCUGACACUGCCCCCAGCAGCAGCGGCCUUGCCGGAGCCAGGGAGGCCGGGAAGCUGGAGGAGGUGAUGCAGGAGCUGCGGGAGCUGCGGGCGCUGGUCAAGGCGCAGGGGGAGCGCAUCGGCCGCCUGGAGGAGCAGCUCGGCCGCCUGGAGAACGGCGAUGCGUAGGCCACCGCCCGGAGACACCACCUCCACCUCUUCCUCCUCCCUCUCACUCUGCUUCUGCAGCAGGUCACGCUGGGCGGGUUGCCCGAGGUCUCUGAGGCAGCUCAGGGGCCAGGUCACACUUGACCUCCCUGGCCCAGGCUGGAGCCACACCUGGCUCUCAUUACCGUGGAGGAUUUUUGUACCAAGGCAAGCACGCUUGUCCUCUGAGGGACCAUCUCCCCCACCCCUGCCUACCCUCUGCUCCCUUCCCAGGGAGGGAAAAUUUUAUUUUCAUUCCAAAUAAAAUUCUUUCUAAAAACCA